UCAUCCUCAGCCCAGCGGAGCCGCGGGAGAAGCCAGGACCGACAUGACAGCCCCGGCACGGGAGAAAAAAGCCCGCCAGCAGCCGCGAGUGAGCGUCCGGCCGGAGGCUGUGUGGGCUGCGGGUCGCUACGCUGUGCUGGCCGCCCUGUGUGCCCUCUGUUACAGCAACUCUCUCCGCGGGGAGUUGGUGCACGACGAUGUGUGGGCUAUCAUCAACAACCCGGACGUCCGACCGAGCUCCAGCCUCCGAAACAUCUUCAGCAACGACUUCUGGGGCAAGAGGAUGGCGGACAACACGAGCCACAAGUCCUAUAGACCGCUGUGCAUCCUCACCUUCAAGUUGAACAUCCUGCUGGGCGGUAUGAUGCCUCUGUACUUCCACAUGGUCAACGUGUGUCUGCACUGCGCUGUCACCUGCCUGCUCAUGCACACGUGCGAGCGCUGCGUGUUCGAGGAACCACGCCUGGCCUUCGUCACCGCACUCCUCUUCGCUGUGCACCCCGUCCACACCGAAGCUGUGUCUGGUAUCGUGGGCAGGGCUGACGUCUUGGCUUGUCUACUGUUCUUGUUGACGUUCCUCUCCUAUAUUAGGAGUGUGGGUGUAUGCUUCUCUGAGAACUCUCUGCCCUCCACGGUGUCUGCGUGCUCUCUGCUCAUCAGCCUGCUGCUGGGCACGUGCGCCAUGCUGGUGAAGGAGACUGGCAUCACGGUGUUCGGGGUGUGCGUGCUCUACGACGCCCUGGUGAUCUGCCGCAAACCUCUCAUCUAUCACCUGUCUGGCUCCAGACUCAGGGACCUUUUCCACAUCUGCAGCCCCUUCAUCAAACGAGCCGGCCUCAUCUUUGGCUAUGUGGUGAUCAUCAUGUCGGUCAGGCUGUGGCUGAUGGGAGGAUCCAUGCCUCUGUUCUCUGAGCAGGACAACCCUGCCUCCUUCUCAUCUCACCUGCUCACCAGGAUUUUGACCUACUCUUACCUGUUGUCCUUUAACGCCUGGCUGCUGCUGGCCCCCAUCGUGCUGUGCUACGACUGGCAGGUGGGCAGCAUUCCCCUGGUGGAGUCGUUCGGCGACGUGCGCAAUGUUGCCACUGUGCUGCUGGCUGUGGUGAUGGUUGCCCUCUGCCUGCACUGCGUCCUCUCACUGCAGAGACAGGAGAGCAGGGAAGUGUUGGUGGGAAUGUUGUUUCUGGUGUUUCCCUUCAUUCCUGCCAGUAACCUUUUCUUCAGGGUGGGAUUUGUCGUGGCCGAGAGGGUUCUCUACAUGCCGAGUAUGGGUUACUGUAUCCUGGUGGCUCACGGUGUGGGUCGGCUGUGUUCGGUGGUGGGCCGCUGGGGCACCACAGUCCUCAGUGUCUCCAUGCUGCUGCUGCUCCUGCUCUUCUCCUGGAAGACCGUCCAGCAGAACCACGUCUGGCUCUCCAGGGAGGCCCUCUUCCGCUCUGGUAUCCAGACUCUUCCUCACAAUGCCAAAGUCCACUACAACUACGCCAACUUCCUGAAAGACAGCGGUCGACACCAAGAGGCCAUUCACCACUACACCACUGCCCUCAGGUUAUACCCCCGCCACGCCAGCGCCAUGAACAAUCUGGGCACUCUGACACGCAGCCCAGAGGAGGCAGAGCGCUACUACAGGAAAGCACUGGACACUAACCCUCAACAUAACCGAGCUCUCUUCAACCUGGGAAACCUCCUCAAGUCCCAGGGGAAGGAGAAAGAGGCCGAGACUCUCCUGAAAGACUCGAUACGCUUCGGUUCAAAUUUCGCAGACGCUUACUCCAGUCUGGCUUCACUCUAUGCUGAACAGAAACGCUUUCCUGAAGCCAAUGAGGUGUAUGUGAAAGGUAUAGAAAACUGUCCCGACAGCUCCGACCUGCAUAACAACUACGGAGUGUUUCUGGUAGAUACGGGAGAAGGAGAGCUGGCAGCCGCUCACUACCAGCAAGCUGUCCGUCUCAAACCAGCGCACUACGUUGCCAUGGUGAACCUGGGCCGCCUGCUCCGCUCCUCCAAUGAGAACAAAGAGGCGGAGUCGUGGUACAAGAGGGCACUGCAGGUGACGAGGAAGGUGGACAUCCUGACACCGCUCGGUGCUCUGUACUACAACACGGGCCGCUACGAAGAAGCUCUGCAGGUGUACAGAGAGGCUGCCGCACUGCAGCCGGGCAGCACCGACAUCUGGCUGGCUCUGGCUCAGGUUUUAGCCAUGGCCGGUCGUACCAAAGAGGCAGAGAAGAUGACCCAGGACAUCAUAUCCAGAGAGGGCAGCUGUAUCGAAUGUUACCGCCUCCUGUCUGCCAUCUACAGCAAGCGGGGCAACUACACAGAGGCUCUGGAUGCUCUGGACAGAGCCCUGCAGCAGAAUCCCAGUGACCUGGCAGUGAGAGCAGAGCUGUAUUUCUCCAAAGGAAACCAGCUGAGAGAGAUGAACCAGCUGGACAGAGCCUUCGAGAGCUACAAGCUGGCUGUGGAACUCAAACCUGACCAGUCCCAGGCCUGGAUGAACAUGGGAGGGAUUCAGCACAUUAAGGGAGACUAUGCAGCAGCCAGAAUGUACUACCAGAGAGCCCUGCUUCUCAGCCCUGGUUCCAAACUUCUGAAGGAAAACCUGGCUAAGCUGGACCGGCUAGAGAGGAGACUGACAGGGGGGGCGUAGACCACCACCACAGUUCUUCUGGAUGCUGCACUGUCCCAGGUACAGAUCAAGGGAGGAGGGCACUGACCGGCCCUCCUGAGCCCAAACACCAGCCACUAGGCUGCUGGAUAAAACGGACCUGGUUAAAACAACAGCCUUCCUGUGUGAGAGCAGAGGAGGAAGAUGGACUUGUCAGGACUGCAGGGUGUUCGGAGGUGGACUGAGUGUCCUGGAGAUGGGGUCAAGCCUCAGUCUGGGGGUAAGAAGGAGCGGACUGGCUAGUUGAAGACCACUGGGAGCCCCAUGCAUUGCCCAAUCUGCAUCAGCUUUACUUCAGCCUUCACAUCUGCUGCAGACAUUUAAGUUGAAUUCAUUAUUAUUUAGGUUCAUGUGAAGUCUUUUUCUUUGUUGCACUUAAACACAGAUUAUAAUUCAGUCCUGCCUGUGACAAUUAUUCAUGUAUUCAAAUGAGUAAAGUGAAAGUGUGUGAAAAAAAAACUUUAUGAUGAAGGGAACAAGUGUGGAAGUUAAUUCUUGAACCUUGGGAAUAGUAUGUUUCACAAAAUCUAAGCUCAGUCAUUUAGCUAGCUUUUCAGAGAUUUUCACCACAUCUCAUGGUCUUCUUCAGUGGAUGGAGAUGGCUCAGGAGUCAUCAGGUGAUGUAAGUGUGGAACUGUGAUGAGAACAAAUGGUCAGUCAGCAUCGACUGGGAUCAAAGGGUUCAUUCAGCAGGAGUCAGUGGAUGGUUGGAGAAAUAGGUAGCACAAAGUCAAAGUUUUGCGAGUUAUAAAGAAGUCUUGGCUAUAGUCUAAAGUCCCGGAAGUCAAGACAACCCCUGAUAUACUAUGAAUACAAGUUAACUAGGAGAUUGUGACAACUGAAAUUGACUUGACGCAGCUAGAAUAUUUCACCAAAGAGCUUUACCUCUCUAAUCUACAAUUACACCUCUUCCUCUCACUAUGAGGGUGAAUUUGCAGAGGAGUUGUGCAUCUUUUAUCUCACACAAUCUUUGGCUGAGCACUUUAACCACAGUCAAGGCACACAAUUCGACCAAUUAGCUGUCUGAAGAACUGAGAUCAGUUGAUUAAAUGAGUCAAGCCUGGUGUGCUCCUGAUUGGUUGGAAUAAAAACCUUUAUGGAAUAGUUUGGACACCUCUGAUUUAAGCUUUUAAAACCUACAUUAACAUUAAAGGGGUACUGCAAAUAUUUAGUGCACCUCUAUAAAUUGACAUACUUUUUUUUAAAAAGGUUGCCUUCAAUGUCUCUGUCCAGUUUAUAAAACAAGUUUUCCUCAAACUGAUAUAAUCCUGAUUACAUCACGAUGACAUCGCCAGACACCAAUUUAGUGGAGUGCCCCAAUAAGUAGCUAUAAGUGGUAUAAUCAGCCACAUUUGUCCUUUCAGUAAACUUGAAUGCCUUAAUGUCCCACUGGGAUGAUUUGUGCUAUCACGUGUUAUCUGUCUGCACUGACAAAUGCACCUUUCCAUCCUGCGUAGGCCACCUGAUUGGCUGCUGUCAGACUGAUUGAAAAUACAUCUGUCACCAGGAAAACUAAGAGUAGAUUCUCCACAAGCCUUUUUGUGGCAUCAUUUUGAGUCUUUUGGGUUCACUUCCUAAACUUACAGGUCAUGUUCUGACACUUGAGCCAGCCCCAUUCUCUGAAGAAGUCCAUGAGAUGCAGUUGAUAGCUCCAAAAACCAUUUAAAUGGAGUUUUGAGCUUUAAUAAUGUUGUUACACUUUAAGGGAAUGAUACCAGGUUCUAUUUAAUCCCACUCCCUGUUGGAGUAUAUCAGUUAAUAUAUCAAUGGAAGCUCUCAGAUUAGAAUAGAAAUGUAAUAAGAACCAUAAGAACUGCUUCUCUUAUUUGACAUAAACCAUUCAGUGUUCAUUUGACUUCCAUGCGUAGGACUGGCUGCAGUACACAACCUGAUGUCACCAGCCUUCUGCGAGUAUAAUAAGCUAGUGUGUGUGCUCCUGUGUGUGAGGAGCUGAAAAUCGUGGCUUCAUGCUUACCAUAACCUCUGAAGAUUGCUGUUCGGUCGCUUGUUGUGGUUUUGUUGACAUUGAUGUUGAUUGUGAAUGAAAUUUUGUUGUGGAAUGACAAUGGGAUGAAAAUGAAGUGACAAGUGCAAUGACUGACUUGCACCAAGACAAUAAAGUAUAUGUUUU